AUGCUGAAGGCUGUUAAAGGAACCCCUUGGCAGCCGAAUCCCGAGCAAAGUCCGGACGUGGAUGCGGACCGACUACCAGAGCCUAUCGCGAUCGAGCCUGUGGUUGCGCCAGCAGAGCUGCCACCACAGCCGGGACAAACCGAGCGGUUGCCUACGUAUCGGAGAAUGUACAUCCGGCAAAGCGACCUGGAGAGGUUUGGUUGUACCGGGGGCUGUGAAGCCUGCGGUGCCAUUCGCGAAGGCAGAGAACGCCAAGGCAUCAAUCACAACGAGAAGUGUAGAGCUCGGAUCCAAGAGGCGCUGAAGGAAACCUCUCAGGGCCAAGCCCGCCUGGAGCGAGAGAUUCAGCGCGAGACCGAGUACUUCACGAAGGUCCACGAGGCAGAGGAGAAAAAGAGGAAAGCUGCAACAGAGAAAGAAGAAAGAUCGGAGCCAGGAGGCGCAGAGGCGAGCGAGCCCAGCCAACCUAGCAGGCUACCGAGCCAAGCAGCUAAGACAGUGGAGAAGAGAAAACCGUCAAAGGCAGAGCCUGCUUCCGCGGCCAGGGAAAGCAAGAAGCCAGCAGUUACCGUUUCGGAAGCUGCUUCGGCGAGCAAGCGGAAGAGCGAGGACCAAGGUGACCAAGAGCUGUCCGAACCUAGGCCUGCAGAGGACCGAGCAGAAGCUGCUAAGCGCAAGGCUGCAGAUACCGAGGGUAUGAUCGAAACGCUUAUCGCUGGAGAGCGGAAGGAGUUGAGCAGCCCCACUUGCGACUUGGUGGAUGGUUUAGCAGAAGAGAUCCUUGCGGAAACCUUCUAUGAUGACCUCACCGGGAAGGAGCUUCCAGCUGAAGGGGUCAAAGCGGCCCGGGCUGAGGAAGUGAGCGUCAUAAAGCAGAUGGGGGUAUGGGAAGUCAUACCACGUCCUGCAAAUGAGAAGGUGAUCGGCACGAGAUGGAUAGACAUCAAUGAGGGAGAUGGUGCUCGUCUCAAGCUGAGAUCCCGAUUAGUCGCUCAAGAACUCAAAAGGCGCGCGGCCCGCAACAGCCAGAUGACCAGUCUACAGUCUACUUGGAGCGACUUUUUUGCCGCCAUGCCGCCGUUAAGUUCUCUUCGGGCGCUAUUCACCUUAGCGACAACACAGCGUAUACCCAACACUCGGGGGAAGCUGUCACCCGUAGGGUCUGGAGGCGAGGUCUGUCUCAUGUUUCUGGAUGUGAAGAAAGCUCAUUUUUGGAGCCCGGUGCGCCGAAGAUUGCUUGUUGAACUUCCACCAGAAGCUGGAGAGGGACGAGACAAGGUCGGGCUUUUGAAGCGUUCCUUGUAUGGGACCAGAGAUGCACCUUCCAAUUGGGAGAAAGCCAUCAAGGAUGCUCUGGAGGGCUUGGGCUUCAGGCAGGGCCGAAGCAAUCCAUGCCUGUACUUCCACGAGGAAAAAUCCUUGCAACUGAAUGUCCAUGGAGAUGAUUUCACAGUGGUUGGAAUACGAAGAGCUCAAAUGGCUGGCGUGAUUCAUCAAAUCUCUGUCUUGAAUCGCCUAGUGACGUGGACCCAUGAGGGCAUCGAAAUGGAAGCCGACCCUAGGCAUGUAGGCUUGGUUCUGGAACAGCUGGGUCUGGAAAAGGGAGUCUCUGUGACCACUCCACUGGUCAAGGUCAAAGAAGAGGACAUGGACAAGACUCCACUUGGAACUGCUGAAGCAGCUUUGUACCGUUCUAUCGCUAUGCGGAUUGGUUAUCUGUCAAUGGACAGACCCGACUUGCUAAGAACUGUCCGGGAAUUAGCGAAAGGACUGAAGGAGCCUCAACAACACCAUUGGGGUCUCCUGAAGAGAGCUGCCAGAUAUCUCCGAGGAGCUCCUAGGCUGGUGCAAUUGAUUCCGUAUCAAGAGCACUUCACGAGCAUCAAUGCCUGGUCUGACAGCGACCACGCUGGAUGUAUCAAGACUAGGAAAAGCACGACUGGAACUGUGAUCCAGCUCGGAGAAGUGACGGUGAAGACAGCAGCCAAGGGGCAAGCCGUGAUUGCCAUGUCCACAGGGGAAGCAGAGUACUAUGGGUUGAUCUCAACUGCAUCGACCGCUUUGGGAGAGCAAGCAAUGAUGGCAGAUUGGGGCAUUAAGCUGUCUGUCAACAUAGCUAUGGAUGCCAGUGCAGGCAUAUCCAUCGGCUCCGGCGAAGGCUGGGAAAGCUCAAGCACAUUGACACCUGCUACCUCUGGGUGCAAGAGAUAG